GUUUCCACCACAUAAACUUGACCGUUUAUAAAAUGGAAACUAGCCUUCUCCUCUCUUUCAUAUGAAACCCCAUUUUCUCCUCUAAUUGCAUUAAUUCUUUCCUAAACGAACAUGAGUGAUCAUCAAAAAACAUAUAUAAUGCCUCUUAGGAUCAAACCCCUAUCUCUCCUCUUCCUCAUUCUCAUUGUUUGCUCUUCAUCAUUAGCCAUAGUGGAAGGCUCUAUCCAGCUCGGAGGUGCGAAGAUGCAUGAGAGUUCCAUGCUUUACAAGAGUGAGGAAGUGGAAGUGAAGAAGAUGACUCAUAGGAAGUUGAUGUUCCACUCGACAGCGGACUACGACGACGCAGGGCCCAACCCUAAACAUGACCCAAGAAGAAGGCCCGGGGGCAAGGGUUGAAUCAUCAACACGAUCAUCGCUCUCUCUAUCCAUAUAUAUUAUAGUAGCAUAUAUAUAAGUACAUGCACGAAUAUCUAUAUAUAUCAUAUAUGAAUGUAUGUAUGUGAUGUAUCCUCCAUUUCUGACUCUUUUUGUUUGAGGAUGAGAUCAGUGUAAAAUACCCUCCGGAAACACGUUCGUGAAAGGAUUAGUGUCUAGUGACAAGAGAUACUAAAUCCUUAUUUAUUACCAUCUAUUUCAUUGACAUAUAUAUAGUCAUUAAUUAUAUUCUGUGUACUCCGUUAUAUCAGAAAAUAAAUAAAGAGUGUUGUGGUUAUUUUUA